AUGGCCAAGUCAGUGAUGAUCCCUCUGGAGGAGGAGAUUGUGAGCAUCCUGGGCCAAUGUGGAUCAGCUCUGACUUACGCCCUGCAAAGCAAGUUUGGAUGUACUGCCGUGCUCCAUGGUGUGGAUGCCGCCAGUGCAGGUGCAGGACAGUCCAAAAAGCCAUUGCCUGAGGUGAGGUUUUCUACCCAGCUGUCCAAGGGCCUCAGGGUGUCUGUAUGGAGGGACGACCUUACCACUCACCGUGGCGUAGAUGCUGUGGUCAACGCGGCCAAUGUGCACCUCAGUCAUGGGGGAGGUCUCGCCAAGGCGCUUAGCGAUGCCGGUGGCCCAGAUAUCCAGCGAGAGAGUGACCGGUACAUAAAGGACAAUGGAAAGUUGUUAACGGGAGAUGCCAUCAUCGCCGCACCUGGAUUCCUUCCAUACAAGAAGAUCAUUCAUGCUGUCGGUCCAAGGCUGUCGUUCAACCCCACAAAAUCCGCUGUUGAUGAUGGCACAAAACAACUCCAAAAGGUUGUUGAAAACAUUCUGCAGGUGAUGAAGAAACAGAAUCUGAAGUCUGUCGCCAUUCCAGCCAUAAGUUCUGGUCUGUUCAACUUUCCCCUGCCACUCUGUGCAGACGUCAUUGUUAAAACCCUGAAACAGUACCAUGAUCACCAUUACUCCGGGGCUCCUUUAGAGGUACGCCUGGUCAAUCACGAUGACCUAUCGGUCAGGGAGAUGGAAAGAGCAUGCUGUCAAAUACUGGGGUCAUCAGGUUCACACAGUCAACCAGCGGGGGCUCAGGGGCAGCCACCUAAGGCAUCAUACAGUAAAGUUGUGAGUCAAGGCUCAACUUCAACUUCGAUGAAAAUCAACAAUGUCACUCUGAUCCUCAAAAAAGGAUACAUUGAGAGACAGGAGGUAAAAAUAAAAGGAUAAGAAUUAUAAAUAAUCAGAAUUGAAUGGUAGACAUGAUUGAUGGAGGAAUGUAUAUGCAUAUUUGGCUCUGUUUCAGCAUUUGGAACAUAUUUCCAAAUAUAUGAAAAGCGUAACUGUGAUGAACUGAUAUUCUAUCUUGCUCGUCUUUUAUUGACAGACGGACGCCAUUGUGAACACAAUUUCUUCCGACCUUGAUUUGUCAUCCGGGGAAAUAUCCAGAGCAAUUCUGGAAAAGGCUGGAAAAGGCAUACAGGAGGAGAUAUUGAAAUGCUUCAGCAACAAUGGUGAAGUUAUUGAGACCACUGGACACAAUUUGUUAUGCACUUCUGUGUAUCACACGAUAUGUCCUUACAAACAUAAACACACAAGUCAAGCAUCUCAAAAGGUAAAUACAAAUAAGGCUUUAAGGUAUUCAACUACACUAAAAUGUACUGUUAUGAGAUCAAACAUAAAAUUGUUAUCCUGCCUUAUUGCUCCUAGUAAUAUGUUAUGGGUAGUAUAUCAAAGAUCUAACUAUAUUUUACUAUGUCUCUAGUCAUAAGUAUAACAUAUAGAAUAAGAAACUUGACAAGUAAUUUCUAAGCUUUCUGUAUUCUUCUCAUGACAGAAUCUUAGUGACAUCAUCUCAAAGUGUCUGGGCAUGGCACAAAACAAACAGCUGUCGUCAAUCUCCUUCCCAGCCAUUGGUACUGGUAUGCUGGGCUUCAACAAGCAAGAGGUUGCCCAGAUUAUGAUGGACACAGCAGGGAAAUUUGCCCAGCAAAACAAUGGAAUGAACAUGGAUAUCUAUUAUGUUAUAUAUCCAGCGGACACUGAGACAUAUAGGGUAUGUGUACGAUCAAAGUAUUAUCAGUCACUUUCAUACCAAUCCUUAGUGGCCAAGUAAUUGUCCCACAGGUCUUUGACGAUUUCACUCUUUUGAAAUUAACUUACUUAGCCGUUUUUAUACUGAAGAGUUGCGAAUAUGAUGUAUUUCUAAACCAAAAGACUUGAGUUCUUUGCUGUCGUCUUAUGACACCAGAACUGAUAUAGCCUAGUUACCAGUGCUCACAUAUUUCUGCUCUUUUACACAGGCCUUUGAAGAUGAACUGAAAUCUCUUCAAGGCGCAACACAAUAUUCUCACUCCUUCAACAGUGCCUCCGAUCAAGGUGAGAUCCCAGUCAAAUGAAGUAGAAGUGGUAUGUUAUCAUUUGUGUGUUAACAGAACUCUUGAUACAACACAUAUAUGACACCAGCUUGUACAGUUUUUGCACUAUGCAUGCAGUAUUUUGGAUUAAAUAAUUAUUUUGUGUCUUGUCUGCAAGAAUUUGAGAACACAACUGGCCAUUUUGACUCCAGAGAUGCAAGGAAAAGUGCACAACCAUAUAUCAUGCUCAGCAGUGCCUUUGAUGCGGCGUUGAGAGAGGCCAAAAACUGGUAUUUUGAUAUUUUCUCCCCUUACUUCAAGAAUGUCUUCACCAUUCGUAACAACUUCAUCCAACACUUUGGUCAGCAUGAGUUUGAAAAGCUGCUGAUCUUUCAGACCAAGUGGGAAGCUUCCAUUGAGGUGUUCUUUAAAGAUGGUUGUGCCGGCGUGAACAUCCAGGGGGAUUCUAGAGAUGUCAGAGCUGCUGUAUUAGAGGUGGAAGCCAUGUGCUGCAAAGUCCAAGAGGAUUUUGCAAAAGAAGAGGAGAGUGACAUGGGCCUGAAAACUUCCACCAGUUCCUCAAGGAAGCCUGUAGGCGAGAACAGUUCUGACUAUAGAGAAAGACAGCAGAAUUUUUCCGGAUUUGAAAUUGUCAGGGUGAGUGUCCACACAAGAAACAACUAAUUUAACAAUAAAGGUGCAAUCUGUGAUAUUAGCUGCCUGAUAACCAAUAAAAUAUGGUUAUGGCAAAUGUGUUACAGGUUGAGAAAGUGGAGAACAGCGCCCUGAAGCAGGUCUUCGAGCUUAAAAAGAAGCAGUUGGAAGUGUCUACCUCUCAGCGAAUGUACCAGCGCCUGCCAGCGCAAUACUGUGAUCUGCUCAACAGAGUGGGCUUCCAGAGGGAGUUUGCACCACCUGACGGUAAGAGAGAAGCCACCUAUUCAUGGGUUGCACAUUGCGUCACAAUAUUGCACUGCGCCCAACUGCAUAUUCUGCUUAAUGCAUUCUCAAUUUGAGCUGAUGAAGAUUGUCUAAAGCGCAACCUUUUGUCAUCAUUGUGAUGUCGGCAGAUUGACUUUAGAUGCAGUAUAACUUUAGCUAGCUAAGAUUGAGGGAACUGCACUGAAUUUUAGCUAGCUAACCUUAGCAUUGCUAGCAACUUUUGACUAACUUUGCCCACUAAAGGCAACAUUGCCAUCUGUCUAAAGUAAAUUUGACGACAUCAUAAUGAUGGCAAAGUUGUUUCCUACUAUUAAUUUGCCGACUUUAGCAAUGUCAUCGUAUUACCUGCCCACUAUAGUGUAAUUUAGACUAAACAGUCACUAGCCCCCAUUCAGAAUGACUGGGCACGACCCGACUUUUGGGCACAACUAUGGCUGAGGCAUCUGUAGAACUUUGAUAAAAAUGGCAUGACACGACCGAGUGACGGAGGUGCAACCAAUGAAUAAAAACAAAUGACAUUCUUUAGAAUUACAAUCUAUUCAUUCUAAUGAAAUUCUAUGUUUUCUAUUUUUAUGGAGCCAGCACUGUGUUUGGAGAAUAGCUCGGAAAUAGUUGUUGUCAAGUAAUUAAUUUAAUGUAUUACUUUUAAAGCUGCAAUAUGAAUCUUUUUGGGCGACCCGACCAAAUUCGCAUAGAAAUGUGUAUUAUAGAUUUGAAAGCAAGUCUAAGAAGUGGUAGAUCUGUUCUAUGUGCGCUAUUUCUCUGCUUCCCAUUCUUAAGUUUAGUUUUUGUGUCUUACUUUCAGCUUUGUAUACCAGCUUUGAACAGCUGAAAAUAAAAGCUUUUUGGUUGUGGAAAAUAUAUUUCACAGCGGUUUAGAUGGUACAAUGAUUCUCCACACUAUUCUGCUUGUUUUGUCACAAACUGAAAUUAGGCUAACUAUUGAGAUUUUUGCAACCAGGAAAUGGGGGAGCGAUAUCUGCAUAGUGCAUCUUUACUUUCAGUAUUGAUGUGUUACUUUCAUCCAUAGAGCAAAAGUAUGGAGAGGGGAUCUACUUCAGUGGCAGCGUGGAUGGGGCAAAGAGGCAGUGGAAAGGCUUGGCUGACGAGGAGUACCUGUACUUCGUUGAGGCGCAGGUGCUGACAGGGAAGUCCACACUUGGCUCACCAGGUCUUAUUGUGCCACCGGAGACCCACAGCAGAGACCCCAUUACUCUGUAUGACAGCGUGAAUGGGGGUGUAGACACCUGUGUCAUCUUCAAUGGUCACCAGGCCCUACCUGAAUAUCUGAUCAUCUGCAAAAAAACAAGCCAUAAGUUCUAA